AUGGUUACCCUAAUGAACAAUUUCUCGUGACUUGAGAAUUUAUUCUUGAGAAAUUUAAUUUUAUAAAUCACUUAACCUUAACUAGCUACUGGAUCUAGAAAAGAUUAUGUUUUUGAAUUGUUACUUCCAUAAUUUGAAGCAAAAAUUGAAGAUAGUUAAAGGAAUGUUAAAGUUAUUGAUGCACAAUUAAUUAUUAGAGAUCCUACAAAUGGAAAUGUUAUUAAAAAAUAAGAUAGUCUCACAUUAACUUUUUUUAAUCUUGAUGAAUAAAUUAAUCAGAAUGAAUAAGAUAUCGAUGUCUAUGCUUAAUAUUUUAGAGUAAAAGGAACAGAAGUUAUUGAUCAAGCAAGAAAGGCAUGUGAAUAAAAUAAAAAUGAAGAUGCUUAAAAGCUGAUUGAUAAUAUGUUAAUACAAAUUUAGAAAAAUUAAAAUGUUGCUGCUCAAUGUGGUGGAAUUAUUUAAGAUUUGUAAUAAGCCAAACAAGCAUCAGAAAGAUAAUCAUAUAAUUUAUUUGGAUAAAAAUAAAUGUGUUAAAUGGUUAGUAAUAAUUAUCAACAAUAAGGAGUCAAUUCUAUGUUUUCUGCAUAAGGAUUUCAAGUACAAUAAGUUUAACCAGCUUCCUACCAAAAUAUCUAAUAAUAAGCAAUGAUGGGUUUAGUGCAAUAAUCUAAACAACCUUAUAAAAAAAAUUGA